AAUAUAAACACAGAGUGGAGGGGAGAGAAUGAUUUGCUCUGAGAGAAGCUCUAACAAAUGGAUGAAGAGCUACAGUAUAGUGUCAAUGAUAAGAAGAAAGUGAAGAAUGGAGUUAUUGAGUGGGAGGAGAGGACACACAAGGGACUCAGACAAACCAAGUGAUAGACUGACAGACAGCACACAUCGGUGUGAGAGCGCUUUGUGCUGAGCUCCACACGGUUUGGGUACACCUGUCUCUAUGAACGUUUUCAUUUGGAAUCACUAACUCGAGAGGAAUAAAAUAUCUGCGCAAGUUCCCUCUUCUUCUACAAGGACUAAAAAAGGAAGCAAACUAUUUUUCACUUUGACUGUCGUUGCUCCAAAGCGGCAUUCUCUUAGAGUCAUUCACUUCUGCACUCUGUGAAGGGAGAUUGUGUGUAUUGAGUGCUCUAAACUGAGAUGGGGACGGUGAGCGAACUUUGCGCUUCCAGCUUCCAGGCGUUCAUGUGUCCCACUGUGCGCCCAGCUGCACCAGCAGUGCCAGAUGAUCUGACACCAGAGGAGAAGCAGGAGCUGGAGAAUAUACGCAGGCGAAAGCAGGAGCUGCUUGAGGACAUCCAGCGGCUAAAGGAUGAGAUAGCAGAGGUGACGAGUGAGAUCGAGAACCUGGGCUCCACUGAAGAGAGGAAAAACAUGCAGAGAAAUAAACAGGUGGCCAUGGGCCGAAAGAAAUUCAACAUGGAUCCCAAAAAGGGAAUCAUAUUCCUCAUAGAGAAUGACCUGCUGAAGAACACCUGUGAGGAUAUCGCUCAGUUCCUCUACAAGGGUGAGGGCCUGAACAAGACGGCAAUUGGAGAUUAUCUAGGUGAAAGAGACGAGUUCAACAUUGAUGUUCUUCAUGCUUUUGUGGAGCUUCAUGAAUUCACAGAUCUCAACCUGGUCCAGGCACUCAGACAGUUCUUGUGGAGUUUCCGGUUACCUGGUGAAGCCCAGAAGAUUGACCGCAUGAUGGAGGCUUUUGCACAGCGCUACUGUCAGUGCAACCCUGGUGUCUUUCAGUCCACAGAUACCUGCUAUGUCCUUUCAUUUGCCGUCAUCAUGCUAAAUACAAGCCUACACAACCCUAAUGUAAAGGACAAGCCUUCAGCAGAGCGCUUUAUAGCCAUGAACAGAGGCAUCAAUGAUGGGGGAGACCUACCAGAGGAUUUGCUCAGGAACCUGUAUGAUAGUAUCAAGAAUGAACCCUUCAAGAUACCAGAAGAUGAUGGCAAUGACCUAACACAUACAUUCUUUAAUCCAGACCGUGAGGGCUGGUUGCUGAAAUUGGGAGGGGGACGAGUAAAAACAUGGAAAAGAAGAUGGUUCAUCUUAACAGAUAACUGCCUCUAUUACUUUGAAUACACUACUGAUAAAGAGCCAAGAGGGAUCAUUCCCCUGGAAAAUCUAAGUAUUAGAGAAGUGGAGGAUUCAAAGAAACCAAACUGCUUUGAGCUGUUCAUCCCUGACAAUAAGGAUCAAGUGAUCAAGGCCUGCAAGACUGAGGCAGAUGGUCGCGUGGUGGAGGGAAACCACACAUUCUACAGAAUCUCAGCCCCAACUGUUGAAGAAAAAGAUGAAUGGAUCAGCAGCAUCAAAGCUGCCAUUAGCAGGGAUCCCUUCUAUGAAAUGCUUGCAGCCAGGAAGAAGAAAGUGUCCUCUAUAAAGCGGCCGUAGAUCUUCCUGACUCUUUGAAGCCUUGGUGCCGACAUGUAUAUAAAUGGUCCAGGUUAAGUGAAGAACACCCAAGUAAGAGCUGGCCUGUGAUUUGGCAAGUGGACAAAUGAAACCUAGAAGCCAUUACUGUGGACUGGAUCAGUCCCACUCAGGAAUGCCCUGGUGUUAUAAGGGGAUUAACUGCACUAGGACUUUUUGUGGCCGUAAGUAACACUGCAUUAGGAUUGAAUUUAUGCUUCUUGAGUGAACAUAAAUACAUAAACAAAUCCUAAUUCAGAUAUUUUGAAUGUUUUGAAGGAUUAUAGCAUUGCACAGAAGAAGUUCUGAUGUUACAAGAUAAUGUUGUAAUGUUACAAAAUAAUAUUGUGUAAUAAUCAUUAUGUAUAGCGUGUAUCACUAUGUAUAGCUUAAAUCAGCAGGUCUGACUGUAAAAGGCAACUUAAUUAAAAGCUGCUGACACAUACUUGUAUGUCAGUUACCGUUUGUUUGUUUAGUACAUGUACAGAGAGUAGGAUAAGUUAGAUAAACCUCACAUCCUACUGAACAUUUCAUAAGCCGCGCUUUUUCGUCAGUUUCGACUUUUUGCUUGUAAAAAUUUGCCUUUCUCGUCUGCCAAAGCUAUUUUUAUAUUCCUUCUUGACUGAUGCAUUUUAUUGUUUCAAUACUGAUUUGUCCGGACUAUUGUUCACAAAGCUAAAAUGUCCCAUUCAAACAGUGGCCUUACAUUCUGUAUUUUCCAGUAUAAACAAGACAAAAUUUUUAUUUUAUUUUCCCUACACCAUUUUUAAUAUGGGACUGUUUGUCUACUUGAUAUCUUUGUUUUUUUUGUUUGAACUGAUUUGGUUUGUGCAUUCAUUUUCAUACAAGACCACAGUCUAUCAUUCGUUAUUCCUUAUUUAUCCGGGAUAACAAUGUUGCAUUUUAAACUGAGGUGAUGAUUGUUAUUAUUAUUAAUAAUAAUAACAAUAAUGCAUUGAUUUGUGGAAAUGGCUUCCAAUGUUAGUACAAUUUCAGUGUUAAUCUUAUUUCAUUGUUGAAGUGCACUGAUAACUAUUAGAAAAGGCGAUGUUAAUUUAUCAAUUCUGUAUAUAACUCAAAAACUGUAUUUUUGUCUAAAUGUUGUUUGUAUAAAAAUAUGGGUUUGAUUUUUACUGUUUGGACUUAACCACUGUUGGCCUGUAAUCUUGAGCUUAAAUAAAACCCAUUCAUUGCAAACAAAUAA